CUCAUUUUUCGACUCCGCGCCCUUUUUCUUCGUCCCAAAACUUUCGAAACACCCACCUCUCCACCGCCAAAAAAACCACGACCCUUUCCACUCCAUCCCCCAUUUGCGCAUUUCGACGAACAGUUAUGGCGCAAGCAGCCCGCCUCAGCCUCAGGCUGCAGAGGGAGCUUAAGCUCCUCCUCUCCGAUCCUCCCCCGUCCACAACAUUUCCCUUUCUCUCCGGCGGCUCCGAUCUCUCCUCUCUCACUACCAUCGAGGCCCACAUGGAAGGCCCCGAAGGCACUGUAUACGCGAAAGGGACAUUCAAAAUCAAGAUCCAAGUGCUAGAAAGGUACCCGUUUCAGCCUCCGGUUGUUACGUUUGCUACGCCGAUCUACCACCCGAACAUUGAUACUGGUGGCCGCAUUUGCCUCGACAUUCUCAAUCUUCCUCCCAAGGGUGCCUGGCAGCCGUCGUUGAACAUUUCGACUGUGAUUACUAGCAUAAUGCUGCUGCUUAGUGAACCGAAUCCUGAUGAUGGACUGAUGUGUGAAGCAAGUAGGGAGUACAAAUACAAUAGGCAGGCCUUCGAUCAGAAAGCACGAGCAAUGACUGAGAAACAUGCUAGAUCUGGAGUUGGCGUGCAAAAUUUGGGGAACCAAUCCGCUCAUGUUCAUACAGACUUAACCAACAUGGUAGCAGAAGGUGUGAAAUCUGAGUCGAAAGUUGAAUCAGUUGUUGGCGUUCCUAGUGAUAAUACUCCAUCUAUGAUCAGCAAGAAGCUUUCGUUGGAAGCCUCGACUAGCUCGUGUCAUGAGAGGGACAAUGAUCGAGGGACAAAUGAGGUAUUGAAAGAUGAAUCUUUCAUGCAAAAGCCCGCAAAGGCAAGUUAUGGAGGUGCUUUAAAGGGUAACUCUGACAUCAAUGCUGCAAGAAGAUACAACAAGCUGUCGAUGAGCAGAAGUAAGUUAUCUAUAGUAACCAAAGAUGAAAAUGCUAGCAUGGAUGCAUUGGAGUCGAAGCAUUUACAGUCUGCUGAACAGAAUCCACCUCCGUCACUUCCAAUGCCCUCUACUUGGCCCCACUCCAACUUGUCAACUGGGUCAUCUGCAUCAUCUAUGUCUCUCCACGGAGCUAAUGUCGACUCAAAAGAGGUGUGCAAGAAAGCAAGCUAUGUCGGAAAGAAGCUCUCCUUAGGUCAUAAAGGGUCAUCAUCGCUCAGCCGGAAGACAGCUGACAAGGAGAACAUUAAACCAAUGGAGACAUUGCUUUCAUCAGGUCAACAAAGUCCCAGAAGGAAGAGUACGAGCAGUGGCAGGAAACCAUCCUUGGUUCCUUUAACCCAGUUGCAGCAGGAGAGUAAUGUGGCCAAUAGCUAUACCUGCUUACCUUUGCAGAAUCGCUCCGACGAAGUUCUAACUAAAAGCAAAUCAUCUUGUCCAGAACACGGAGACAGAAUCGCUUGUGACACAAGACAUUGUGGCCAGGAAGAGUCACUACCACCGGCAACAGACUCGAUAAUUGUAUUGGAUAGUGAAGAUAGUGAGGAAGAAACAGGAUUAACAAGGCCGACGUUGAGGCUGCGCAUGUUGAAGAGAAGAAAGUCUCAAGCUUGACCACCUCAGCCUUAUUUUAAGCAUGGUUCUCUGUAUCACAGAACAAGGAGCUUUUGAGUGUUCUCGUUUUGCUUGGUAAAUUGAUGUUUUUGAGUGCUAAACUGCUUGGUAAAUUAUUCAGUUUUUGGAUUUUCGGUCUUGCCUGACAAGGGAAAUGACGUGGGCCUUUACUUCGGCCCAUAUUUCGGCUCAAAAUAUCACAAGCCCAAAAGAAUUUGUAUACUGAUAGGAAAUACAAACGUGCGAAGGGAGCGGUGGAGCGGAUAUAAUUUUGCGCCCCCGGAAAGUUAAUCUGCGGUUGUUGGAGGCCGGAGAGGAAGGCGGCUGAUUAGCUUUGGCUGCUCUCGCCGGCGAUUCUUCCGAUAUCUAGGGAUUUCGAAGAGCUCGAGCUAGAAGGGGAAAGCAAGCAAGCUUAGCGGUAUCAAUAGCUGUCUGGUAAAACGGAGGGUGAGAUGUCUAUUUGCCUCUCCGCCUGUUCUACAUCCAGACCGCUAGCGGUUCCGCCUUGUUCCGCGGCGGCGCGUGCCUAUUCUUCCACGGCGGGUAAGGGGUGCCAGUGCUCUCUCUCUUUCCGGCCAGCGAAAGGCUCCGGGAGACUCCUUUCUUCCGCGGGUGAUAGAGGAAGGUUGCAGGUGGUUCGUAUGGCUCCCGACGAAGAGAAGCUGACUCGCCGAAAUCCUCUUGAUUUCCCAAUCGUAAGUCUUUUAUCCCUUCCUCUGUUCAGAAACUUUAGUUCUGAGCUACUUACAUUGGGAUUGGAACUUACUAUAUCGACUUCAUAGGAUGGUAUUGCUGAUGUUUUCGUGAUUUGGGGAUUAUAUGUGUUUGGAUGAAUUUGUUCAACUGCAAUUCUUGCUUCCUGUUUCCCCAAGAAAUGUCAGCUAAUUGGUGUUUGGAGCCUGGAACAUAGAUGUAGUGGAAGUGUGCUCCAUUUCUAAUUCCUGAAAUAGUAUGCAAUAUGGAUAAGAAUUUAGAUGAUAAUAUUAACAAUGGAUUUGAAGCUAGAAGAACUGCAAUCACCAUAUAAAGUUUGGAGCUUUGUCGUUCUAUUAGAUGUUGAUCUCUUAGGGUGUCCUGGUAAUAUGGCCAUCGGGAUUCAUCAAUUUGGGGUGUGACUAUUAAUGGCUGGCAGGCAGCCAACAAGGUUGUUCAGCCAUAAAAUCCUUUCAGACUGCUUUAGUUUCUCUUACCAAUCACGUUUAGAUUGUGUUCCAUUGCAUAAUACUGGAUCUGAUACGCUUGGAGAUUUUCCUUGACCUUGAGCGGUUCUAGGAUGCAGUCUUUGGCUUUCGCCUCUAGGUUCAUGCCUUAGCAGUUUGUUUUAUUAUAUUGGGUAGGAGGUUAGGCUAGGAACCUUCCCAGUUUGGAGAAUGCAAUCAAAUGUUGUUCCUGCU